AUGGCCGGAGAGAGUGCGACAGCACCCGCGAAUGUCGAGGAGUGGGCAGAGGACGAUGGUGGCUUUUUCAGUGCAUUUGCAGAGGAAGCGGCGGGUGGCUUUUCGCGGCGCAAGCGCAACCGUCAAGCUCAUGAGCGGGAGGUGGAGCAGCAACAGGCGGUGCAGAGGGCGGAAGCGGCGGAAGACGAGGCGAUAGUGAUGGCACGGGCAGAAGAGGCGCGAAGGCAGAUUGCAGCAAAGGUUUUUUCCAGGGCAAGCCCGCGUGAGGUGCGACAGGCACUCAAGAAGGCAAAGAAGGAGAGUAUUCCGAAGAAACCUCACGGGGAGGGCGACAAGGCUCGGCAAUGCAAUUUUUCUUCUCUGCAAAAGAGGCAGAAGAAACGCAGGAAAUGA